UUCCAUUGAAGUGAAUGGUGACAGCAGCAUUCCUUUGCCAGUACAGUAUGAAAUGUUUCAGAAAAAUUGAGCCAGAGGCAGGGGCGGACUGACAACUCAUGGGGCCCCCAGGCAAUAGGGGAUCAUGGAGCCCCUGUGUCCUUGCCCACACUCAAAGCACACCCAAAAAAGCCUAUAAAAGGUACCAGGGGCAUCUCAUGGGGCCCCCUACUGACCCCGGGCCCUCGGGCAGUGCCCGAGUUUCCAAA